AUGAAGUACGUCAACUUCCUCCUUGCCGCUCUCGCGGCACCGAUCCAGGCCGCCCUCACGUGGAAGAACGUCCGCAUCGGCGGCGGCGGCGGCUUCGUCCCGUCCAUCGUGUUCCACCCCACGACCAAGGGCGUGGCGUACGCGCGGACCGACAUCGGCGGCCUGUACCGUCUCAAAGCGGACGACUCGUGGACGCCGGUCACGGACGCGAACAAUUUCGCGGACGACGCGCAUUGGAACCGCUGGGGUGUCGAUGCCCUCGCGUUGGAUCCCCAGGAUCCGAACAAGGUGUUCAUCGCCGUUGGCAUGUACACCAACAGCUGGGACCCGAAUAAUGGACAGAUUGCACGCAGCUCUGAUAAGGGUGCGACGUGGACUUUUACUGACUUGCCGUUCAAGGUCGGGGGUAACAUGCCCACGAGAGGUACUGGAGAGCGUCUUGCCGUUGACCCCAAAAACUCGAACAUUCUCUACUUCGGCGCCCGCAGCGGCAACGGUCUCUGGAAGAGUACCAACGGAGGCGCGAGCUUCUCCAAGGUCUCUUCAUUCACCGCCGUUGGCACCUACCGCCCGGGUCCUGCCUCGGACGAGUACAACGGCGACAUUCAGGCACGUCGUUCCGGACUUACCUUCGUCACAUUCGAUGAGACGUCGUCCACCCUGAACGGCGCUACAUCACGCAUCUUCGUCGGAACUGCCGACAACACCACUGCCUCUGUCUAUGUCUCCAACGACGCCGGUGCCACCUGGAGCGCCGUCACUGGACAGCCUGGUCGAUACUUCCCCCACAAGGGCAGGAUUCAACCCACUGAGAAGGCUCUGUACAUCAGCUACUCCGACGGCACUGGUCCUUAUGAUGGUACUUCCGGAUCCGUCUGGCGCUACGACAUCGCCGCUGGCACCUGGAAAGACAUCACCCCCGUCCCCGUUGGUUCUGACCUGUACUUUGGUUUUGGUGGCCUCAGUGUGGAUAGGCAGAAGCCCGGCACGUUGAUUGUUGCUACCCUCAACAGUUGGUGGCCGGAUGCCCAGCUCUUCAGGUCCACCGAUUCCGGCACCACCUGGAAGAAGAUCUGGACAUGGGGUAACUAUCCCGAAAUGGUGUUGGGAUACACCCAGAGCACUCCGAAGGCCCCUUGGAUCAAGACCAACUUUCUGGAUACCGAUACCAAGGACCUUGGCUGGAUGAUCGAAUCCCUCGAGAUCGACCCCACCGACUCUAACCACUGGCUAUACGGAACCGGCCUGACGAUCUUCGGAGGUCACGACCUCACCAACUGGGACACCGGCGCCAAGGUCACGAUCCAGGCCCUCGCAGACGGCAUCGAAGAAAUGGCCAUCCAAGAACUCGCCAGCGCCCCCAGCGGCUCCGAGCUCCUCGUCGCCGCAUUCGACAACAACGGCUUCACCUUCAAGACCAAGAGCGCCCUCGACACCUCCCCGCAGACGACGUGGACCACCCCGAUGUGGGCCUCCAGCGUGGGCGUCGACUACGCCGGCAACAAGGUCUCCAACGUCGUCCGCGUCGGCAACGUCGAGGGCACCCAGCAGCUCGCGGUCAGCUACGACGGCGGCGCCACCUGGAAUGUCAACUCCGCCGCCGGCACGACCCAGUACGGCGGCCACGUCGCCUACUCGGCCGACGCCGACACCAUCCUCUGGUCCACCGCCACCCUCGGCGUCCAGCGCUCGCAGAACCAGGCCUCACUCGCCGUCGUCUCGAGCAUCCCCGCCGGCGCCAUCGUCGCCAGCGACAAGCGCAACAACACCGUCUUCUACGGCGCCUCCGGCUCCACCUUCUACCGCUCCACCAACGCCGGCGCCGCCUUCUCCGGCGCCGGCUCCCUCUCCGGCGCCACCGAGAUUCGCCACGUCGAGGCCCACCCGGCCGUCGCCGGCGACGUCUGGGUCUCCACCAACGCCGGCAUCUUCCACAGCACCGACUACGGCUCGACCUUCACCCUCGUGUCCACCGCCCUGACGAACACCAACAAGAUCGCCCUCGGCAAGGGCUCCGGGACGAGCUGGAACGUCUACGCCUUCGGCACCGGAUCCGCGGGCCGACGCCUCUACGGCAGCUCGGACCUCGGCGCGUCGUGGGUGGACCUCCAGGGCUCGCAGAGCUUCGGGGCCGUCGACGGCGCGAAGCUCGCCGGCUCCGCGAACGAGGCGAACCUGGUCUACGUCGGCACCAACGGCCGCGGCGUGCUCUACGCCUCUGGCGCGAUCGCUGGUGGUGGUGGUGGAAGUGGUGGGUCGACCUCUGCUGCUCCGACUUCGACUAACAGGGCGUCAAGCAGCAGCUCGACGGUCCGCGUGACCUCUUCGACUUCCUCCGUGAGGGUGACGACGACGACUUCUCUGGUGACUUCCACCCGGACUAGCUCCGCGCCUGCGUCGACGGCGACGGGCUUGGCGAAGCAGUAUGAGCAGUGCGGUGGGCAGGGGUGGACGGGUCCGACGCAGUGUGUGUCGCCGUUCACGUGCACCAAGACGAAUGACUGGUACUCUCAGUGCUUGUAA